UCGCUGUCUGCCUCCCCAUCAGCACCACCACCUCCAGUCUGUCUGCAUCCCAUAUUUGGACUAGACACCGUAACACUGUCUCCGAGGAGGGUGUGCGCGCGUGUGUGCCAAUCGUGGAGCAACUCAAAAGGCAGCAUCUGUGCCCCCCCACCCCAAUAACGCAGACAGGGAGCGCGGCAGAGGAGCGGGUGAGGCGGCGGAGGUACAGACAUGGAGGAGAGUUGUGCGUGUUCGCGGAGGCAGGGCUGUGGGAUGUGGUGUCUGACGGACGCGGGGAGAUGCUCUGAGCUCGGGUAUUAGCAGCCAGCUGCGCACCGAGCCGCUCUCCUCUCCCCUCCCUCCCUGCCUCUCCUCUCCAGCAUCAUCGCUGGUCUCCCUCGCACCGACCAUUCGCUGAAACCGCGGGACUCGGCUCCACACGGCUCGCUGUGAUCACUACACCGUUGGGCGUCCUGCUGCUGCAGCUGCACGGAGGGGAUUUGACACAACCAGAGAGAUGUUUCAUUUCUGGAGGAAGGCGACUGGAUUCAAGACUACUGCUGAUUCUCUAGGGGACCUGCAGUUUGAGUGAUUGUGAGGUACUCACGGCAAAGCACAGGUUGAUUUUGCUUGGCUCAGUACCACAGUAUCCUCAGCCAUCUUCUCGUUUCACUAGAUGAUCAAAAACAGUCCACCGGAUAGUCAUCCAUGGUUUCUGCCCUAAUCAAGACCAUAUCAUCCUACAUUGAAAAGAUUUGCAAAGGAAUGUUUACAAAGAAAUUGGCAAACCCAAUAAAGAAGAAAGAGAGAAGCGAAAAUAUAGAGCCUAAAUCGGCCGCUGAUUUGCAAGCGCACAAUCUAACUUUUUCUACUACACUGAAGACUACAGUGAAAAAUAUAUCCAAAUGCUCUUCGGCACGUAACAUAUCGCUUGAAGACGACGACGGAAAGAACGACUGCUCAUCCUUGUCACCCACUUUCAGUUAUCGUGUAGCUAUAGCAAAUGGACUCCCAAAAAGCUCUCCUUUUUUGAAUAAUAAUGAAAGCAUCUUUCCUGAGGUUCUUUCGAUUGAUAGUAGCUACUCUGACUCUUUGAGUGAGAUAAAACCUGUCCGGAGACUGGAUGAGCAUAAAUCACACACAAUGCCAGUAAGACGAAACAGGAAGAGCCUCAUCAGUUUGGCUCCCUCUGAUGGAAGUUCUGAGGGGGAAAGAGUGGAACGCUCCAGUCUACACACACUUAGGCUGGGUGCUCUACGCAAGUUAAGAAAAUGGAAAAAGAGUCAGGAAUGUGUCUCCUCAGACUCCGAAGUGAGCAAUUGGAGGAAAACCCUGGGCAUUCGGAGCAAGUCUCUGGACCGUGCUGGACGGCAGCAAAAGAGUUCAACCCUGGAGCCUGGCUCCUCCUCCACAGGUUGCAUCAGUCAAACACAGGAUGUCAUGGAGAUGAUUUUUAAGGAGCUUCAAGGAAUAAGCCAGAUAGAGACAGAACUGUCUGAGCUUCGUGGCCAUGUCAAUGCUCUUAAAAGCUCAAUUGAUGAGAUUUCCAGUAGUGUGGAAGUCGUUCAGAGUGAGAUUGAGCAGCUUCGCUCAGGAUUUGUCCAGUCUAGAAGAGAGACACGUGAUAUCCAUGACUACAUUAAACAAGUUAGCCACCAGGCUAAUAAUUCAACCUUGCGGUUUAUCAAUGUUCCCGAAGAAAGGCACGAAAAAACAGAGAGUCUGAUAUAUAAAUUACUAAAAGACAAAAUGGGUUUCAUUGAUGCCAACAAAACAAUAAAAAUUGAACUUGCUCAUAGGCUAGGGCAACAGAGAGAAUGUUCAAAUGCAAAACCCCGUCCUAUUAUUGUAAUUUUUGCAACAACACAAGAUAGGGAUAUAGUCUUGAAAAAAUGCUACAAACUUAAAGGUACAGGCAUUACAGUCUCUACUGAUAGCUUAACUCAUGAUGGAAAGGAGAGAAAAGACAAAGCAUUGCCCUCCUCACAAACCUACGAGAGCAUGGAUCUAAAGGUCUCUGGAAAGGAUAAAGAGAGUGAUGAUUGGGACUCAAUGGACAGUGAUAAAGAAUUGGAGGAAUUAAGCAGAAAUAAAUAUGCAAUGGUGAUUUCAAAGCCUGUUCACAAGAGUAAAUCAGAGAAGAGGCGAACCCAUGACCAUAGCAAGUCAGGAGAAGAAGCAGGCUUCUCAGGAGCAGUUAAUUAUGCUGAUGACUCUUACUAUGACCCAGACAAGCAUGCCAAGGCUUAUUACUCUGAUCUGACUCCUGGUUGGCUUUCUCAGAGUGAGUAUUCAACCCCUAAACUCAGCCGCUCUGAGUCUGACUGCUCCAAACUUUGCCAGUCUUACUCAGAAGACUUUUCAGAGAGCCAGUACUUUACACGGGUCAAUGGCUGCUCCUUGCUGUCCUCCUCAGAUCAGGAACUGUGGCAGAGAAAACAAGAAGACAUGUCUUCCUCCUGGUAUGCUGAGCCUAGUGUCCCACUCAGCAAGGAAAAUCCAAACUAUGAACACAAUGAGGUUGAGACAACAGAAACUAUUGACAGUGGGGUGAGCAAUGGACUUGUCUGCAUGUCUGGGGACAGAAGCCACUAUAGUGGCUCCCAGGUUUCUCUGCAAGGUGAUCUAUCACCGUGGAAAGACUGGCAUCAUCUGGAACAAGGUGCAGACUCUGGCUUGGAAGCCUCGAUAGAGGUCAGUAGUCCCUUUGACCCAUCAACCAUCCCUGGUUUUCCAGAGAACAUCACUAAAUGUCAGGAGGUUGAUUUGCAAUUUGAGGGAGAUGAAGAAUUCAUGUUUGACAGAGAACCUUCUCUUCCACCAAUAACCACACACAUCAUUCCUCACAUGACAGAGCGGGAGUCUGUCAAGACAUCUGCCCGCCAGACUAAAGAAGUAUGUAAGGCGAAGACAAAAGAAACCACAAAAGUACCAUCUAAAGAUGCCCCUAAAGCUGCUGCUAAAGUGACACAUAAACAAACUAAAUUGGCUACUAAAGAAGAAAGCACCAAAAUAUUGCAAAAGGAGAGUUGUAACAAGGUAACUGCAAAGGCUAUGCCCAAAGUGACCUCUAAAUCAUCACCUAAAGAGUUACCUAAAGAGAUUCAGAAAACCGUAGCUAAAGAAUCCACUCAAGCUCCCCCGAAAGACAGACCUAAAGAUGCCACAAAGCCCACUGUUAAAGAAUUAUCUAAAGUGACAUCUAAGGCAGCUUCUGGUGAGGUUGCUAAAGUAGCUCCAAAAGUAGCCCCAAAAGAUAAACCCAUAAUGACUCCUAAAGAAAGUCCGAAAGAGUCCCCCAGAGAGAGCCCUAAAAUAACCCCAAUUGAGAGUCCUAUUUCAACCCCUAAAGAAUCCCCUAAAGAUUCCCCAAAAGAUUCUCCUAAAGUCAUUGCUAAAGAGUUCCCUCAAGUUCCAUCUAAAGAAGGUCUGACAGCUGCUGCUAAAGAGGUUUCCAAAGAAGCUGCAAAACUACCCACAAAAGAGGCACCAAAAGAGAUGCCAAAAGUCGCAUCUAAGGAGAUUGGCAAAAUUCCCACAAAAGAAGUUUCACAAAUUCCAUCUAAAGAAGCCCCUAAAGUAGCCCUGAAAGAGAGUUCUAAAGUUCGCCCAAUAGACACCCCUAAAGCAGCCCCAACAGAAGCCCCUAAAGUAACAUCCAACAUAGCCUCUAAAGAUGCCCCCAAGGUAAAUUCUAAAACACUUCCCAGAGAAAAAUUCCCUGAAUUGGAUGUGAAUCAUAGCUUUCACCAGAGCCAGAAUAAGACUUCAAGUAUGUACCGCAGCCAGAGUGAGAUUAGAACUGAGAAGGUCGAGGAGGUUCCAAAGUCUUGGAGCAGUAGGCUCAGCAUAGAUCUUAGUGAGAAAUCCUUUGGUUUUGGCUUUGGCUCUUCACUGCAGAGGGCCAAGUCAGCUCUGGAAGUUGUUUGGAAGACAGGUGCUCAGACUACCCCUACUCCUCCAGAGGAACCCACCAACCCCUCUUCAUCAUUUAUGGGACGUUUCCGCACCCUGUCCACCUCCAAUGCAAACAGCUCCACAGUAGACUCAGAUGCCGGCACUGAACCUGUUUUCUGCAAAGCAGAGGAUGAGAAAACAGAUGAAGAACCUAAAGCUGGUGAACAACCAGUAGACAAUGAGACUCACUAUGUUGAGGUGAUGGAGCAGGUACUAGCAAACUUGGAGAACAGAACGAAUGCAGAUGAGACAGAGGAGACAGAAGAACCAACAGAGGAGUAUGAGACCUCUCAGGACAAUGAUGUGUUUGACGACAUUGAGGCAUCUCAAGAUGAUGUCUGUCAGGAUUUUGAGGCAUCAGAAGAUUUUGAAGCUACAGAGGACUUCGAGGAAGGUAAAGAGGCAUGUGUUCUGGACUAUGAUUGCAGUUUGGAUGAGCAGUACAAUGAAGAGUACAAUGAGGAUUAUGAAAUACCAUUCACUGUGGACACUGCUGAAUAUGAUGCAAUGGUGGAGUAUGUUGACGUAGAGGAGCCGGAUGAGACUGAGGACAAUGAUGUGACAGAGGAGAUGGACGAUGCUGAUGAAGAGUUAGAGGAGUUAGAUGAAAUAAUUGAGGAGGCCACUGAGGUGUCUGAAAAAGUGGAGCAACAAACGGAGGAUGAAAACAAAAAUGUUGCCGACGAGAAGCCUGCAGAGGCCCCACCCAAGAAGCGUCUUCGACCCACAUUCAAGGAAGCAGCACUCAGGGCCUACAGAAAGCAGAUGGCUGAACUUGAGCAGCAGAUCCUGGCCGGGGACGCCAGUGCUUUGGAUUCUCAGCCUCGCAGUCUUUUGGAUCCCAAAGUGCUCGGCUUGCAGACUGGAGGGACUGGCAGUAUUCUUUAUGGUAUUGACAGCAUGCCGGAUUUACGCCGCAAGAGGACAGUGCCGCUUGUCCGGGACCUGGCUUUGACCCUCACUGCUCGAAAGGCAGGCAUCUCGUUUGCUCUGGUGAACCGGUCCACCCUGAAUAAUGAGGACCUGAAACUACAUGUCUUCAAGAAGACUCUCCAGGCUCUGAUCUACCCAAUUUCAUCCACAACACCCCAUAACUUUGAGGUGUGGACGGCGACUGCACCCACCUACUGCCAUGAGUGUGAGGGACUGUUGUGGGGCAUCGCCCGUCAGGGCAUGCGCUGCUCGGAGUGCGGCGUUAAAUGUCACGAGAAGUGCCAAGACCUGCUCAAUGCAGAUUGUUUACAAAGGGCUGUGGAGAAGAGCUCCAAGCACGGGGCGGAAGACAAGACCCACAAUAUCAUAAUGGCUAUGAAGGAGCGCAUGAAGAUAAGGGAGAAGAACCGUCCUGAAGUGUUCGAGGUGAUCCAGGAGAUGUUCCAAGUCUCCAAAGAGGAGGUCACCAGCCACCUGAAGACGGCCAAGCAGGCUGUGCUUGACGGGACCUCCAAGUGGUCUGCCAAAAUCAGCAUCACAGUCAUGAGUGCCCAGGGCUUACAGGCCAAGGAUAAAACUGGCUCCAGCGACCCGUACGUCACGGUCCAGGUGGGCAAGACCAAGCGCAGGACAAAGACCAUCUUUGGCAACCUCAAUCCAGUGUGGGAUGAGAAGUUCUACUUCGAAUGUCACAACGCCACUGACCGCAUCAAGGUGCGCGUGUGGGACGAAGACGAUGACAUCAAAUCACGGGUGAAGCAGCAUUUUAAGCGCGAGUCAGAUGAUUUUCUGGGCCAGACCAUCAUCGAGGUUCGCACUCUCAGUGGAGAGAUGGAUGUUUGGUACAAUCUCGAUAAGAGGACAGACAAGUCUGCUGUAUCUGGUGCGAUCCGACUCAAGAUCAGUGUGGAGAUGAAGGGGGAGGAGAACGUGGUUCCUCCUCACGGCCAGUACACCUGUUUACAUGAGAACCUGUUCCACUACCUGACUGAGAUGAAGAACAACGGGGUGGUGAAGAUCCCGCAGGUGAAAGGGGAAGAGGCGUGGAAGGUCUACUUUGACGACGUGUCUCAGGAGAUAGUGGAUGAGUUCGCCAUGAGAUACGGAGUGGAGUCCAUCUAUCAGGCUAUGACGCAUUUCUCAUGCCUGUCCGGCAAGUACAUGUGUCCGGGUGUGCCAGCAGUCAUGAGCAACCUGCUCGCUAAUAUCAAUGCCUACUUCGCCCACACCACCACCACCACCACAACCACAGCCUCUGCUUCUGACAGAUUCGCCGCCUCUAACUUUGGUAGGGAGAAAUUUGUCAAACUACUGGAUCAGCUGCAUAACUCACUGAGGAUCGAUCUCUCCAAGUAUCGGGAUAAUUUCCCUGCAGGAAACGCAGAGCGACUCCAAGAUCUGAAGUCUACUGUCGAUCUGCUAACCAGCAUCACCUUCUUCAGGAUGAAGGUACAAGAGCUCCAGAGUCCACCGAGAGCCAGUAUGGUGGUGAAGGACUGCGUGAAAGCAUGCCUGGACUCGACAUACAAAUACAUUUUUGAUAACUGCCAUGAACUUUACAAUCAACUCCUCGACCAGAGCCGGAAGCAAGACAUUCCCCGAGAGGAGCAGGGUCCAUCGAUAAAGAACCUGGACUUCUGGCCAAAACUCAUCACUCUCAUGGUGUCUGUUAUCGACGAGGACCGGACGGCCUACACCCCAGUCAUAAACCAGUUUCCACAGGAGAUGAGCGUGGGCAAGAUCAGCGCCGAGAUGACGUGGAACCUCUUCGCCCAGGAUAUGAAGUAUGCAAUGGAAGAGCAUGAUAAGCAUCGCCUAUGCAAAAGUACGGAAUAUAUGAAUCUUCACUUCAAAGUCAAAUGGUUCCAUAAUGAGUACGUCCGUGAACUGCCGGCUUUCAAGGAUGUUCCUCCGGAGUAUUCUCUGUGGUUCGAGCCAUUUGUCAUUCAGUGGCUAGCUGAGAACGAGGAUGUCGCCAUGGAUUUCUUAAAUGGAGCACUGGAGAGGGACAAGAAAGAUGGAUUCCAGCAAACCUCAGACCACGCCCUCUUUUCUUGUUCGGUGGUGGACGUGUUUACUCAACUAAACCAGAGUUUUGAGAUUAUCAAGAAGUUGGAGUGUCCGAACCCACAGGCUCUGGCUCACUUCAUGUGCCGCUUUGCAAAGACUAUCAACAAAGUUCUCCUGCAGUAUGCUGCAAUCAUAUCCAAGGACUUUCCAUUACAUCUGAGUAAGGAGAAUGUGCCAUGCAUCCUCCUCAACAACAUCCAGCAGCUCCGUGUCCAACUGGAGAAGAUGUUUGAGUCCAUGGGAGGAAAACAGCUGGACGCAGAGGCCAGUGGUCUGCUAAAGGAGCUGCAGAAUAGACUCAACACGGUGCUGGAUGAGCUCAGCGGAGUGUUCGGCUCCAGUUUCAAACCUGUGAUCGAGGACUGUGUGAAGCAGAUGAACCAGGAGCUGGUGCAGAUGAAAGGGCCGGCCAAAGGGAGCAAUGCUGCCAUGGAUGCAGAGUCAGUCCUCCGGCCUCUCAUGGACCUUCUGGAUAAAAAUCUGAUGUUAUUUGCCAAGAUUUGUGAGAAGACGGUGCUGAAACGAGUCCUCAAAGAGCUGUGGAAAAUCGUGCUGAACACCAUCGAGAGGACCAUCGUUCUCCCUCCGCUGAAUGACCAGAGUCAAGGAGCUCAGAUGAUCUUCAGUGCUGCCAAGGACUUGGGCCAGCUGUCAAAACUGAAGGACCACGUAAUUCGAGAGGAAGCCAGGAGUCUGACUCCACGCCAGUGUGCAGCCUUGGACCUUGUGCUUCCUACCAUCAAGCAAUAUUUCCAUGCUGGAGGAAACGGGUUGAAGAAGACUUUCCUCGAAAAGAGCCCUGACAUGAAGUCCCUCAAAUAUGCUCUCAGCCUUUACACUCAACCUACAGAUGCCUUGAUCAAGAAAUAUAUAUGCACCCAAACCUCUCAAGGUCAGUCAGCCAACGGAUCGGUGGGGGAGGUGUCGAUGCAAGUGAAUCUCGUCUCUCACCCUGGGACUGGGGAGCACAAAGUCAGCGUGAAGGUUGUUGGCGUGGACAACCUCAUCUGGCAGACCAACGCCAUGUUCCGUCCAUUUGUGGAGGUCAACGCCGUGGGACCACACCUGGCUGACAAGAAGCGCAAAUUCAGCACCAAGACCAAGAAUAACAAUUGGUCACCAAAGUACAAUGAAACAUUCCAGUAUGUUCUGAGUAAUGAACACGGUCCGGAGUACUACGAGCUGCACGUCUCAGUGAAGGACUACUGCUUCGCCCGCGAGGACCGCAUCAUCGGCAUGACGGUCAUCCAGCUCCGGGAGCUGGCGGACAAGGGCAGCUGCUCAGCUGGCUACCCCCUGAUGAAAAGCAUCUCCAUGGACGAAACGGGUCUCACCAUCAUGAGGAUACUCUCUCAAAGGACGACCGACGAGGUGGCCAAAGAGUUUGUGCGUCUCAAGACGGACACACGCUCGGCGGAGGAAGUGUCGUAAUGAGCGAGAAUGCAGUAUUAAAAAGAGUUGUGUUGUCUUAUGUAAGCGAUAGAGGGAGAAGGAGAAGCAGCGGGAGGAGAAAGAGCAGUAGCAACAGUUGUUCUUUCAGGGUAGAGGCUGGAAACAGCAGGAGAGACAGGUUGUCCAAAGAGAAGCGGAGGAGGCCCAAGUGGGGCGAGGCAGCGGGAGAGAGAGAGAGAGAGAGAGAGUUGUGUUUGUUUGUUUGUUUUUGUGCAUGUGCGUAAAACAUCUGUUGGAAUGUUCAUUUAAAACUACAGUAUGUACAAGUGUUUACUUACCGUAUGCUUACUAUUAAGUACUAUAUUCUACAAGUUAUGUUAACGAGACAUGAAAUACCUUUUGUACAACAUUUAGUCUUUUUGAACAGAGAUUUGUUCCAAUAAAGUGCCAAACCAGUGGAAAAAAAGAACACAACCAACGUAUAUGACUAAUGGUGAACUUAGUAUGUUUGAAAUUUGCUCGAUUAAGUUGUCCGGUGUAAGUCCUUUUCUGACCGUGUGGCGUUCUGAUUGUUGCAAAGUCUUUCAUUUUGCACCCUCGUUUCUCGGCUUCACGUUCUUCCACACAGCACUGUUGUGCAUGUCCUCUUCUCGGUCAUGUCUCUCCCAUGAUUCCACGGUGACCACCGAGCAGGGUCCUGUCCCCUUGCCUUCAAACUGUUUGUAUUUUAAGUCGACCUGAAAAUAGACCGUGUUUUUUUAAAUGGCGAUGACUGCUAUGUAAACCUUCAUAGGUGUUUGUAAUUUUAUAACCAUGACAACAAUGACGACAGCCUCCAGUGCUAACAGUCUUAGCAGAAAGGAUGGAAACGUUUUUUUUCCUUUUCUUUGGCUUUUUCGUUCUUUGUUUUCAGCCAUCGGCUUCCAGCCUUUCUGAAUGACCACUGUGAACAUGAGCUUUGGAAAGCAAGCUUACAUGACAUUGCUGACAGUUUGAUAUUAUUGUUUCAUAUUUUUCCGAUAACUUUGUUCCUGAUAAACUGCCAAAGUUAUUUUAAAAUAUUUGUACAAAAGCAAUCCAUUACAUGUAUGAAGAUAAAUAUGUACAUGUGAUCUAUUACUUUUUCAAUGCUUACUAUUUGAUUGUUGAUAGGGUGGUACUAAGAUUUUAUUUUUUUUAUUUCCUGUGAAGCUGUUAACAAAUAUGAGAGUUGCACAUGUUACUUUACACAUCAGUUAUAUCAGCUUCUGCCAUCGGAAUUAUUUUUCUUCAUAAAGGAAAGAGUCUAACAUUUGGUAAAUAUGCAACAUUCCUAUGUAUUGCACUGAUGGCGAAUUGUAUGUCAUGUAAAUAUAUUUAGUGAGAUAUUGUACAAAAGUCUACUUUUCUUCAAUGUGCAUAAAGUAUGUGCAAAUGUG